AUCAUGUGAUUUCUUGCUAUUCCCCUCCUUUUCCUCUAGCAUUGAGCCUCAGUCAGUGCACAGAGAGGGGGAAGGAUUCAAACAUUCAUUAGAAGCCACUAGAAUUACCCCGGAUGCUCAGAUGAAACAAUCUAUACUUGAGAAUAAGCUACUUUAUUUAAAAGGCUUCUGCUGGAUUCAAUGUAACUCAAAGGAAAGGGGUAGUCAGGAGCUCCCCAGAGACCCUGGAGCUGUGGUGACAUUUGUUACAUAGAAACAAGAUCAAGUUACAGUUAAGAAGAUGAAGGUUCUCUCAUUCUGCCACAGCUCCAGAGCCUGCUUCCCUCUCCCUGGGUUUAUUAUUUUCUUCUUUACUUGUUAUGUUUACAGGAUGGAAUCAGCAAAGUUCACAGUGAUUGGACCCUCUGACCCUGUCACUGCCAUCCUGGGUCAGGAAACUGUGUUACCCUGUCACCUGUCCCCCAGCAUGAGUGCUGCAAACAUGGAGGUGAGAUGGUUCCGAUCUGAGUUUGCAUCCUUUGUGCACCUGUAUCGUGAUGGGAAGGAUCAGUAUGAGCGGCAGAUGCCAGACUAUUUGGGAAGGACAGAGCUUUUGAAAGCCGGACUCACAGAUGGGAUUGUUCCCCUGAGGAUUCUCAAUAUCAGACGUGCUGAUGAAGGACGAUACCUCUGUUAUGUUCAAGAUGGUACUUUUUAUGAAGAAACUGUAUUGGAACUGCAGGUAGCAGGUCUGGGCUCUGCUCCUCUUACCUCUGUGGAGGGUCACCAAGGUGGAGGGAUUCGGGUGAUUUGUCAAUCAGCUGGUUGGUACCCGGAGCCUGAAGUGCUGUGGAAAGAUCGCAGUGGGCAACAUUUACCAUCACUCUCUGAAACAACAUCCCAAAGAGAUAACGGCCUGUUUGAAACAGAAACUGCUCUCAUUGUAAUAGAACAUUCAAACCAAAACUUGUUGUGUUGCAUCAGGAACACCGUUCUCAAUCAAGAAAAGGAAUCAGCAGUUUAUAUAGCAGAUUCCUUUUUCCCGAGGGUGAAUCCCUGGAUGGUGGCUCUGAGUGUGAUCCUGGUGGUUUUGUUUGGUUUCAUUGGCCUCACUGUUUAUCUGUUUAAAAUGAAAGGGAAACUUACUGAAGACGUUGGGAAACUUACUGAAGAAGUUGGCAAACGAGAUAUAGAAGUUGAGAAACGAGAUAAAGAAAUAAGCAAAAGAGAUACAGAAAUUGGCAAAAGAGAUACAGAAAUUGACAAACGAGAUAAAGAGAUAAGCAAACGAGAUAUAGAAAUUGAGAAACGAGAUAACGAGAUAAGGUGGAGAAGAUCCCUGGCACCUAUAGAAGAAGCGAAUGUGACUCUGGAUCCAGAGCACUCGCCAGUUGUCCAGAAACAGGACCCAGCACACAUAGAAGAUGAGGUUGAAGGGCACUAG